AUGUCGACCGAAAUCGUCGAUGUCAAGGAGAUGGUCGCCAUGUUUCUGCAUGUAUUGGCACAUGAUGUCAAGAAUAGAAUCAUCCAGCGGGAUUUCGUGCGAUUAGGAGAGACUGUUUCCCGUCACUUUAACCUCGUACUGUUGGUGGUGUUGCGAUUGCACGAUGAGUUGUUGAAGAAACCCCAGCCAAACUACCUUGGGGCAUUUGAUGACACGUACAUCAAGGUGAACGUGCCGCAAACCGAUAGGCCUAGGUAUAGAACACGUAAGGGAGAAGUUGCCACAAACGUCCUCGGUGUGUGUGAUACGAAAGGCGACUUCAUCUUCGUAUUGGCUGGUUGGAAAGGAUCUGCAGCAGAUUCACGCAUUCUUCAAGAUGCUAUUGCACAACCAAAUGGGCUGCAUGUUCCUCAGGAUAAUCAAAUGUUUUAUGCCUCGAACAUAUACUUCCUACAACGUCAAGCAAAUUAG